UCUCGAAAUGGUCUCAGUGUUGUUCUGGUGACCACUGAAUCUAGACGAAUGGCCGCUGCAAAUCCUCCAACUGGGCCGGACAUGCCAGGUCAGGGUGCCUAUGCAGGCCCACCCGACCAGGGAGGCGCUAUUGGCCAGCCGGAUGAUAACCGCCGGGAUGAUGACAGCGACAGUGGAUCAGAGUCAGAUGGGUCAUCUCCAGAUCUCAAUGGGUUCCAAGUGUAUGGAGGUUAUGAGAAGGUUGGCGGGUUCGGACAAGAUUCUGAGCUUCCCCCGCCCCCUCCGCCACCAAAACCAACCGGAGAGCCACCGCAUGUGGAAUAUGCAGAGGUUGCUAACCUAAAAGAGGAGCAGUGUAGGGAGGCGAUGCUUGGCUUGGUUGCUGAGAAGUGUUGUUGGGGAAAGAAGGCGGCCGAAGGAAUGACCUUCAAUAAAAUCACUGGCUCAACUGCCUUACAUUAUAUCCUGCAAACAUUUUGCGAGGGUCGCAGCACCAACUAUGAGCACGUGCCGUUUGUGGGUCAAGAAAUUGAUGGGCCUCAAAAUGGACAUCCCCCGGAACCAUGGGCGAUCGAUGUCGCUCCUGAUGAAAUGUUCGACAGUCAUCAAAAGAAGGUGGAAGUUCCCCACACUGCCGUGGUGAAGGAUUGUCACCGCUGCCAAGCCACUGGUACUAUCAUCUGCAGCCGCUGCUCGGGUACUGGUAACACGCGCUGUUAUACGUGCGGCGGUGACGGCUCUGUGCGCCGCUACGACGCUAGAACAGAAUCAUACGAAAAUGAAAGAUGUUAUAUGUGCAACGGGAGUGGCCGUAGGAGCUGUAGCCGUUGUGGUGGUGAUGGACGCGUGACGUGUCCGGUCUGCAAAGGCCACCGUCAACUCAAGUGUUACAUUGCGCUUACAGUCAAGUUUAUCAAUCACCAAGAAGACUUCAUCCUUGAGGAGACGGACCUGCCUGAUGAGUUGGUUCGCGAAGUAAGCGGCAACUCCAUCUUCGAGCAGACUUUGCCGCAGGUUUGGCCAAUCACAGCCUACCCGACGGAGGAGAUUAACGAAAACUCUAUGAGGCUAGUGGAGAAACACAGGUCUGGAUUUGGUUCCGAGAGACAACUCAUGCAGAAACACGAAAUCCGAGCGAUUCCCGUGACCGAAUGCGACUACAAGUGGAAAGAGGAGGACCGCAGGUUCUGGGUGUAUGGUUUAGACAGGAUGGUCCACGCCCCAGACUACCCACAGCAAUGCUGCUGGGGAUGCCAGAUCCUCUAAACAACUGAGGAUGAAGAUGCGAGAAAGUGGUCACAGUUUUUGGUCAGGAACGUGAUCUAACAAGAGUAGCGUUCCCCAGGUGGCAAUACAAGGUCGAUUCCGGGGCAGUCCAUUCCCUCCCUCAUAACAACAGUAAAAAUACAUCCAUUCUUUCGUGAUUCAAAUACUUGUUAUAUUCUCUCUGAUUUAAGUUAUCAUGCAACCUCACUAAAACGAACUCCUUUUCGUUAUAGCGAAUCAGGUGUUCGUUAUAGCGAGGAAAUGCGUUUUUAUUUUCUAGGGUCUGUUAUUGUUACAGGACUGUAAGAUGUGCAUCCUGAUUUUUUGCCGGUUUGUGUAACCACUAUUAGUCUAUCAUGAAACUCAAUGAUGUGUGUGUACAUGUAGCUC